AGAAGUACGUCGCGCGAGCGGGGGGACGUUCUCCAAUUUCUUCUCCCCCUCCCUCCGAUUCCCCAGCCCGUGUGCAUUGCAGGCCAUGGUAUAGUUGUAGUUCUCGCACACUCGCCUUUCGCGACUUGUCUCGAUCCCCAGCAAGAGAGAGAGAGAGAGAGAGAGAGAGAGAGAUAGAAAGAUAAAACGCUACUCGACGGAGGCGGUGGCGGCAGUCGCGUGAGAAGACAGAGCCGAGGUGAGCGUGGACGAAUUGAAAAAUGCUGAGCCAGUGUCGUCGUUCCUCCUGCAGCGGAGGAGCGAAAGUUAAGUGACGUUCCGAGAGUUAUCUAUAUACAACAACCUCCGACACAUAUCUGCUGGAGUCGACUGCAGCUGCGCGACGAGAGCUACAGGUUACACAAGCAGAGCGCAGAGAAAUAGUAACAAACUAUAACUUAUAAGUAGGAGCCUCGCACGGAUUCGCGGACACACGUGCUCGACUCGAAGAAAACCGCUCAACCGAAGCAUUAUAUAUCAGCGAGGAAGAUAUGGGCUGCGCCAAAAGCAAGAAUAAACACGUGCCUGUUCCAUGGCCCUUAGCGUCGCACUCGAGGCAAGAAUGGGUGGCUUGGAGGGAUUGCUUUAUGACUUUCGUAAACGAAAAAUACAUUCCAAACUACAAGCAAGGCAGUCUUCUGAACGAGCACAUUGGCGGUAUCGGUCAAGAAAUAGCGAAGAAUUUUUACUUUUGCAACUCUUCUAGCGAAACCGACGUCAACACAUUGUUAUUCAAAUUCGACGUUUAUUUCAUUUUUGGAGGCAGAAGGAGGCAUAACAAUGAAUCCAUCGCUGAGUACAUCGUUGCUUUGAAAGACAUAGCUGAAAAAACGGCCAAAAGUAACACGGACAAAGUUGUCAAGGAAAAACUACUGCAAGAUCUAAAAUCCGAAAACAUUUUUGCGCGGUUUAACGAAAUUAUACCGUCGUUAUCAAACAUUAGCGAUUACGAAUCGUUAUCUUUGGACGAAUUAUUGUUCAUCUGGGAAGAGUGUCAGAAACCAGCAGAAUACAGAGAAAUAUUUAGUAGAUGGGAGGUAAAGAAAAGAGAUACGUUUGAACAUGUUCAGAACAACAACUGUUGUCUUCAAUGCGAUGAAAAUCACACGGGUAAAGUGUGUCCAGCUAAAGGGCAACAGUGCUGGAAAUGCGGAAAUUUCAAUCACUUUGCUAGAUGCUGCUCGAAAGAAUUCAUUAUCGACUGUACUAACUGUGGAUCAAAUCAUUUAGAGAAGAAAUGUCCGGCUUUUGCAAAAGCUUGUUCUAGAUGUAAGAAAAUGAACCAUUUUGCAUGGAAGUGCUUAGCAGAAGUAAUUCUUUCUUGUGAUUUUUGCGGGCACAGUCACAUAAAUAAUCGGCAAUAUUGCCCCGCUAACGACAGUAGGUGUCAUAAUUGUAAUAAAAUCGGACAUUAUUCGUUCAAAUGCCGAUCAAGGAGGAAUAGUAGGCAUAGAAAAUAAAAUGCGACGUGCGCUCUGCCGUUAUUUUUACAAUGAGUAUUAUCCUUAUCAUAGAUAAUAUCAGUCGCAUCCAUUGAGUAAGAUUCAUUUAGGACAAAGUGUCGAAAUACGUGCAAGAAUUAUAAUCAAUUUUGUACUAUUUGUAUAAAUGAAUUGCGCAUAUGCUUCACUCACAUAAACUUCAUACAAGUUGCUUUAGCUGUUAUCAAUUUUUUUUCUAUUGUUUUACAGCUAAAUGUAUGAAAGUAUUUUUAUGGUUAUUUUUGCUUGGUUUAAAGACAUUUUAACCAUAUAUACUGAAAUAUUAGUGGUAAUAUAUUAAGCAAUUUGAUUAGCAAUAUGUUUUUAGCAAAUUAAUUAAUUUAACUGAUUGUUGAAAUAAAAUUGUACUUCAUGCUACGCAAUAAACGACAAAGCAAAUAAAAAUUGAGAUUACUACGAUGAGUAGUCAAACAAAAAUAAAGCGCUAGUAAACAAAAAACGUCGUGUGCUAUUUUACAGAUAUUUAAAAAUAAUCAAAAGUUUUAAAGAAAAUGGUUUAAUGUUAUCGUUACGAAAGUUCUUGACUGGAUCGUUUAUUUUUUAAGAGGCACUGUUAAUUGUAUUCAUCGAUAACAAACACAUUAUAAUAAUUGAUAUCAUAUAUACAGUGAUGAGCAAACUGUAAUGAGUGUAAAUAUUAGGGGUUACUUCCAAGAAAUUGUUGACAAAAAUGUUAGGUAUUAAGAUAACGACCAGAAAACUUUAGUUUUUAUAAGAAAUAAGAAAUCAAUGGUGUUCAUAACAAGAACAAUUUUCAAAUUUCUGAUUAGAUACGUUUACAAUUGAAUAUAAAAUUCAAAAAAAAAAUUUGUAAGAAAAUAAACCUACAUUGACAUUAUAUUAAUAUUUAGAAA